AUGCAGUUUGAAGGAAAUCCGAGAAGCAUUCCAAAGUUUCUGGUUCAAAAUGCUCGGGGACCAGUCCACAGGGGUCCAAAAAAAAUGGAAGAUUUAAAUCUACAAAUGUAUUUGGAACCACCAAUGGAAGAUAUCACACUACUUGAAUUUCAAGAGCUGGCGAUUAAUAGAUUGAGAGUGUUGAAAGUUGUCGAACAGGUGAAAGAUCGUUUUCCACGUGGAACAGAAGCAAUAAACGAUGAAUUAUCAAAACAAUUGAUGAAAUUGAUGCCAAUAGCAUGUGGUUGUUGUCCGCUUGAGGAACUGGAAAGCGAAAGAAACCGUGAUGUUAUAUCUCAUUUCAUUCUUCGACUUGCAUUUUGUCAAACUCCUGAGCAGACUAAAUGGUUCAUCCAGCAGGAAGUGGACUUGUUUAAAUUUCGCUUUCAAAUUGUCUCAAAAAGUCGUGAUGCUGUAAUUCAAUUUCUACAAGCCAAUAAUUUUGAUGCUCAACUGGUCACAGAUUCUGAAAAAGAAAACCUCAAGGAAGAACUUUCAAAUGCCUGUUUUAUAUCACUUAAUAAGAUUACAAGCACAGAUUUCUGGAAAGUUCCUUUUGAAGAUGCACUUGAUCUAGUUCGUAAACGUCGAGUUCUUCUAGUUUUUGGUUAUGCUUUUGUUUCUGAAGAUGAUCUCCAAAUUAUAUUAUCCACAAAACUUCGUCUUAAUAUCGCCGCUUCUAUGGCCCGUGCUUGUAGAAAUAUUGUAUUCAUUGAAGAAAAUGAUCGAUUGAUGCCCUUUUUGAAGAAGCUAUCGAACAGAUCAUAUGUGGGUAAAAAUUACGUUGGAACAGAUGCUUCUCGUGUUACACCUGAUAUGGUGGAUUCGCUGGCUGCAAUUUCGUUCCCACUAUGUAUGAGGAAUAUACAUAAUCGCCUGAGGGCAGAUCAUCAUUUACGUCAUGGAGCUCGAAUGCAAUAUGGAUUGUUUUUGAAAGGGAUUGGUAUGACAUUGGAAGAUGCACUGCUGUUUUGGAGAGCUGAAUUCACUAAAAAAUUAGAUUCAGAUAAGUUUGAUAAGCAAUAUGCAUACAAUAUUCGUCAUAAUUAUGGGAAAGAAGGGAAGCAUGCAGAUUAUUCGGCAUAUCCUUGUACAAAAAUAAUUUUGGAUCUUAGUCCGUCAUCUGCAGAUUGUCAUGGUUGUCCUUAUCGACACAGCGAUUUGCGGUUACUCGCUCAAAAUUUAGAAGAUUCGGGUUUUUCGAGACCUCAAAUUGAGCAAAUUACUUUAUUGUCAAAAAAUACCCAGUAUGAUAAAGCUUGUACGCGAUAUUUCGAAUUUACUCAUAAAAUGGCCGAGAAUUCUUUGGGUGCUGUGAUAACUCAUCCUAAUCAGUAUUUCGAAUUGUCGCGUCAAGUACACGAAGGGAAACGGAACAGGGAAGAAGAACCGAAACAUGAGAUUACGCUGAACGCGUCACAUGUGAGUACCACGCAACGCGGGAUCGACGUUGAUAUCGAAGAUCUGAUCAAAAUGGACACUUCCAAAGUGAAUCGGCAACACCCCUAA